AUGAGAUCCACACUUCUUUCACUUACCAUUCUCUCGCUGAAUCUCCUAGCAGUACUCUCCCAAGAAGACCCAGAACUACCAGAAAUCCCAGACGCCCCAGACGGCGAUAUCGACAUCAUAAUAGACUUUAACACCGGCAUCGUAGAUGGCAUUCCCCUCCCAGGCGACCUAGCAGACCUCAACUUCACAACCUCUACCAGCCUCACAAUCGCACAAAUUCUAAUGCUCAACACCACAGCUCAAGGUGGUACAGACCUAUUCAAUUCCAAUGAUCUAUUCCAUCCAUGCUACAAAUGGACGCUGAUUACCCCUAUUCUGACCGAGCUCUUCAAAAACAAUCAAACACAAGAGUGUAAUGAUAAUGCGCGAGCGGCUGUCAGGGCUGGAUUUCAUGAUGCAGGCACUUGGUCGCGUAAGCUUGCUGCGCGGAAUAUUACGCAAGGUGGUGCGGAUGGUUCGCUUUAUCUUUUUGAUGAGGCGAAGACGAGAGCUGAAAAUCGGGGUCUGGAAACUAUCACUGAGAUAUUGGGGCAAUUAGCCAGACAGUAUCAACUCAGCGUUGCUGAUAUGUUUCAGUUCGCAGCUGCACAUGCUACGGUGACUUGCCCACUGGGUCCUCGAAUGCGCACCUUCGUUGGCAGACCAGAAGCGACAUCCGCAUCCCCAGAUGGUCUUUUGCCAAGUUCCAACGACGAUGCAAAUACUCAGAUUGAACUGUUCCGGGACAAGGGUAUUGGACAGCUGGAUCUAGUGGCACUUGUGGGUGCUCACUCCGUCUCGAAACAACGACAUGUGGAUGAAUCGCGUCCCAACACCUCACAAGAUAGUACACCAGGAGUUUGGGAUACUGAGUUUUACGGCAAUACAUUGAACAGCGAUUCUGAGCCAUUGUCUUCGAAUAUGACAACCUUUCCUAGCGAUAAAGCAUUAAGUCAACAUCCAUCGCUGGUAAAGGAAUGGAACGGCUAUGUUGCACGGCAGAAUGAUUGGGUUGAGCAUUUUUCAAGAGCGUAUCUGAGAUUGAGUUUGGUGGGUGUACAAAAUAUACAGAAAAUGGUUGAAUGUACGAAUGCUUUGCCGCUACAUCGAUCGACAUUUCCGUGA